CAUAAACCUCCCCCCAUGGCGUCCUACACCCCCAGCCCCAGCUACCCAGCCCCCUCAGCCCCGCCGCUCUACCCGACGCUCGCCAUGGCGGACCUCGCGCCCGUCGAGAUCCCCUCCUCCCCCUCCACCACCACCACCCCACCACCCUCGUCGGACAUCCUCCUCCGCAUCCCAUCCACGCAGCUCCACCUCAUCGACCGACACCGCAGCCACCCGCUCGCCACCGGCGACCUCACGCUCCUCCGCAUCCGCGCCGGCGCCACCUCGCUCGCCGCCAUCGCGGUGCUCACCCCCAUCCAGUUCCCGCUCACCCGCGACGUGGCCGCCGUGAAGCUCGACGCCCGCCACUACUCCUUCUCCCUCCCCGUCCCCUCCACCUCCUCCGACCCGGCCCCCGACCCGCUCCACUACGGCCUCACGCUCGCGCGGCCCGACCCGCGCCUGGACGGCGUGCUCGCGGCCUGCACCAGCUUCUCCGCCCACUCCGUGGCCGGCGCCGAGCCCCUCGCCGCCGCCGGCGGCGAGGCCCAGGCCGCCGCGUACUGGACCGCCGUCGCGCCGAAUGUGGAGGAGUACGGCGGCGCGGUCGCCAGGGCCAUCGCCUCCGGCGCCCAGGGCCUCGCCAAGGGGAUCGUCUGGUGCGGGGUCAUGACCGUCGAGCGGCUGCACUGGGGCAACGAGGUGCUCAGGAAGAGGAUCCAGCCUGGGGAGACCGACGCCGAGGUCUCCCCCGAGAUGCUCAAGCGGAUCAAAAGGGCUAAGAAGGUCACGAAAAUGUCUGAGAAAGUGGCAACCGGAAUACUGUCCGGAGUCGUGAAGGUUACUGGCCAUUUUACAAGCUCAAUAGCUAACUCAAAAGCUGGAAAGAAGUUUUUCAGCCUACUGCCUGGAGAGAUUGUUCUUGCUUCGCUUGAUGGAUUUGGCAAGAUUUGCGACGCCGUGGAAGUGGCUGGGAAGGAUGUGUUGUCAACAUCAUCGACUGUCACAACCGGUCUCGUGAAUCACAAGUACGGGGAGAAAGCAGCAGCUGCGACGAACGAAGGGAUGGACGCGGCAGGCCACGCCAUCGGGACGGCGUGGGCGGUGUUCAAGAUCCGGCAGGCCAUCAACCCGAAGAGCCUCCUGAAGCCCACGUCGCUCGCCAAGUCCACCAUCAAGGCCCAGGCCGCUGACCUCCGGUCGAAGAGCUCGAAGAGCAGCAAGAGCAAGUAGAGUUCGAACUUGUGGCCAGCAUAAGCCGGCAUCAGCUAAUCUCCCAGUUGAUGUGCUUCCUUGUAGAUAUUUGUGUGCUGGGAAGAAAGAGCAGCAACCUGAGUGCCAUGUCCUUUGCUCUGCUGGUGUGAACGUUUCUGUGUUCUGAGUCAGUGUUCUUGUCUGGUUUAGUCAUGAGUAUUCAUGUGAUGCCGUGCUAGCUGAUGAAGUAGGGCUAGUGUUUUGUACUGCUGUUACUCUCGAAAUACUUCUUUAUUACUUACACGCAUGGGUGCGGGUAUUUCUCUCCCUUCGUUUUUAUUUAGUUGGUCAAACUCUGUAAAAUUCGCCGUUGACUUAAACCUAGAACGCAGAGUAAUUGUGAACGGAAGGAGUAUGGUGUUGGCCUGCC